AUAAACCCGCCUCCGUCGUUUCUCUUCCGUCUUCAUCGUUCAGCAGCGAUCUAAGCUCUACUCCACCGUCUUCCCGCCGUCGCAAAUAGAUUUUCUGUUUUCAGGUAGUACUCCGUCAGUCUUACUUGCAAAUCGAAUAUGAGUCGACCAAUGGAGGAAGAUGGACAACAGACCAAGAAUGAGGAAGAGGAGUUCAACACUGGGCCCCUCUCUGUCUUGAUGAUGAGUGUCAAAAAUAACACGCAGGUGCUCAUCAACUGCAGGAACAAUAAAAAGCUUUUAGGGCGUGUGAGAGCUUUUGAUCGACACUGUAACAUGGUGCUCGAAAAUGUUAGAGAAAUGUGGACAGAGGUGCCGAAAACAGGAAAAGGCAAGAAGAAAGCUCUUCCUGUUAACAAAGACAGAUUCAUCAGCAAGAUGUUUCUUCGAGGGGAUUCUGUCAUCAUUGUACUGAGAAAUCCCAAGUGAGAGGAAGCAAGCUCUGGAUUUGUUGUUUGUGGUUGGAAGCUUGAGAAAGUUGCAACCUCUAACAUGGAGGUCUUUGGAUGUAUGAUUCUUCUGAUGUUGGUUGUUUAUGGAUUACAAGUUAAAACCUUUCUUAGAGUUUAUUCUGAUACUAUAAUAUACUAGUUGCCCUAUUCUACUUCUUUUCUCUUAAA